CAAACUUCACUUCACUCGUAUUAGGCAUCAAAAUGGCGACGGACCAAGAAACUGAUGCUGAAAUGAUAAAGGAGUGUGAAGAUUAUGUAAAAAAAUAUAAUGUCCAGGUGUUAUUAAAAGACGCUAUAGUACAGUUGUGUAUUAAUAAACCAGAAAAUCCGUUUCAAUUUUUGCGAGAACAUUUUGGAAAAUUGGAAAAGGAGCAUGGUAAAUCCAAUGAGCAUGAACCAGAACCACCUAUCACAGAUCCACCUCCACUAACAAAACAAAGAGGUCGUAGGGGAGCAGUAAGUGCAGCUGUCAUAUCUGAGGAGGAUGCAGCGUCAUAUGUGAAGAAGGUCAUUCCUAAAGACUACAAAACAAUGGCAGCUUUAUCUAAAGCUAUUGAAAAGAAUAUUCUCUUUUCUCAUUUGGAUGAUGCAGAAAGAAGCGAUAUCUUUGAUGCCAUGUUCACAGUAAAACACAGUGAAGGAGAAGUAAUAAUUCAGCAAGGAGAUGAGGGUGAUAAUUUUUACAUCAUUGACACAGGAGAAGUUGAUGUUUAUGUAAACGAUCAGUUGGUGGUGUCAAUUAGUCCUGGUGGAAGUUUUGGAGAACUUGCUUUGAUCUAUGGAACACCAAGAGCAGCCACCGUCAAGGCGAAAACAGAUGUGAAAUUAUGGGCAAUCGACCGAGUAACAUACCGUCGUAUUCUUAUGGGUAGCACUAUGAGAAAACGAAAGAUGUAUGAGCAAUUCCUGGAAAAAGUCUCCAUCUUAGAGUCGUUAGAGAAAUGGGAGAGAUUGACUGUGUGUGAUGCUUUAGAGCCGUGUAGUUUUGAAGAUGGAGAAGAGAUUGUGGUCCAGGGAGAACCAGGAGACGACUUUUACAUCAUUGUUGAGGGACAAUCUUCAGUAUUGCAGCGACGCAAUCCAAGUGAAGAACCCAUUGAAGUUAGUAGGCUGGGAGUGUCAGACUAUUUCGGUGAGAUUGCUCUUGUUUUAAACCGCCCACGUGCUGCUACCGUGGUUUCACGUGGUCCGUUAAAAUGUGUAAAGUUAGACCGCCAACGCUUUGAGCGCGUAUUAGGCCCGUGUGUGGAUAUAUUGCGUCGAAACAUUCAACAGUACAACAGCUUUGUUUCCCUCGUCGUGUAAAUCUGGAGAUGUUUUGACCUAUUGACGAUAUCGUGUUUCCAGUUGACAAAUUGAUCUUAGCCUAUAAAAUUAUGUUAAUACCAAAUAUUCUAAUGAGAAAUUAACUUCAUAUAUUUAUCAUCCGUCUUAAUCUGCCUUGGGUCUACAGUUUAUAUCAAACAACGUUACUGUUAAAGCGACCCUCCUUCGUGUUGGUUUUUGCUCCGCACUUCAUCGUCGGAGAAAUUUACGCUGCAGAUGUUUAGUUUUUGUGUAUUUUUUUAUUUAUUUCAGCAAAUAUGUGUGGACAGUCUGUAAUUAUGUUGGUUUGUUUUAAAGGGGUUUAGACUCUUCCAUUUUGUGGUUGCAAGCUAAACUGUUAGUUUAAAAUCAUCUUUGAAGAAAGCAUAUUUCUCGCUACAGCUUUCGUUUCUUACAAAUACUUUUCUUCGACUCUGUUAUAUAGUAUUGAUUAACUUAAAUAGGAAAUGUAUAUACCGAAAUAUAUCAUCCUGACGUUAA